AAUACAGUGAACAGCAGAGUUGUGAUUCGCCAAGUCUCCCCGCCUUUAGCUAGCAGCAGCAACACUCAGUGGCACCCGUCCAUUUCCUCUCUUCUCAACCGCCGGCAGGCUAACAGCUCAAACUCCCGCAGACAUGGCUGACCAACUAACAGAAGAGCAGAUUGCUGAAUUCAAGGAGGCCUUCUCCUUGUUUGACAAAGAUGGAGAUGGUACCAUCACCACCAAAGAGCUGGGCACAGUCAUGAGGUCACUGGGUCAAAACCCAACUGAAGCUGAACUCCAGGAUAUGAUCAAUGAGGUGGAUGCUGAUGGCAAUGGGACUAUCGACUUCCCCGAGUUUCUAACUAUGAUGGCACGAAAAAUGAAGGACACAGAUAGUGAGGAGGAGAUCCGGGAGGCCUUCAGAGUCUUUGAUAAGGAUGGUAAUGGAUACAUCAGCGCAGCAGAGCUCCGUCACGUAAUGACCAACCUGGGAGAGAAGCUUACGGACGAAGAGGUCGACGAGAUGAUAAGGGAGGCCGACAUCGACGGCGAUGGACAAGUCAAUUAUGAAGAGUUUGUUCAGAUGAUGACCGCCAAAUGAACUGAACUUACAAAGAAUCAGUCAAAUGUUUCACUUACCUCUUAUUGCAAAAAUCUACAUUUAAUCAUACUGUUCUGUAUAGACAAUUUAAACUGAAUGUUGGAAUAAUGAAAAUCUGUCCAUAUAAACAAGUUCAAAAAAAAGGUAAAGGCAAAAAAAAUCCAAUAAUCUGCAUGUACUGGCUUGUAUUCCCCAUCCCCUCUGCGCUGAGCUGACCAAUCACAUAUCGGCUCGUUAGACGAGCAGCCUCGUGCAGCCGGCUGCUUCGGCCGCUGCUCCUCUGCUUCUUGGUUCCAUCUGCCUGAUGUCAUGAUGAUUUGGGCGGGUCAACUGCCUUUUCUUCUAUAAAGUCUUGUUGUUUUACUUUCCCUUCAUGCAUGCAGCGUUAACAUGGGUAACUGUUGAGAUCUCGGUGACAGAGAGCUGUCGUUGGACCUCAGAGGUGAAGGGGGUGGAUGGGAGGGAGCGAACCAAUGGGACGUUCGCUUGGCUAAAUAAAGUCAGUGACAUAUUUUUAAGAAAAAUUAAAAUGGAAUAAACUAAUUUUAGAUUUGGUUCACAUCAUGUCUAUUAAUCACUUUAUCCUUUUGUGUGUUUACCUUUUUUUCUUUUCUUUUUUUUGAGGGUGAAAUGCCCCUUUGGCAGUCUUUGUCUUAUCCAAUAUGGAGGGAUGUGUGGGCUUUAAAGGUGGUUAUACACAAGCACAGCUUCUGAGGCUACAUCUGCACCAACGCUUGUACCAGUGUGAGUAUUAGCUCGGAUGUUUACAGACGCUGAGUAACGUGAAAUCUGAGUUGUCUCGCUGCAGACGGGUGCAGGCUGCUGCCUCGAAGGCUGUGCGUGUAUGACUCCACGUGGUGGGGCGAGUUUCAGCUUAAUGGGGGACAGGGUCGGCGCUUUGCAGCAUUUCUACCUUGUUUUUGUGUGUGAGUUUGCCUGUGUGCGCGUGGGUGCAGCGAGGCCCGGCCCGGUCCAGUCCAGCUGUCCUGUUCGGUUCAGUUGAUCUGCAUUCCAAGAUGUACAAUGCUAGUCUUUACAUUUUGUUUUUCCAAUAAAAUCUCAUGAACUAAA